AUGUCUUCCAACGACAACCCAAGCACCCUGAAAUCCUAUGUGGACAGCGCUGCCGGCGCCGUCCAAUCUGGCAUCGCCUCCUUGACCGGCAACACCAGCGACAAAGCCCAAGCCGAACAAACGCGCGCCCACGCCUCCGCCGAACACGCGGCGUCGGAAUCGGCGGUGAAAGUGGGGCCGUUGACGCUGGGGUCCUCGGGCGACCGCAGCCGGGGCGCCUGGGACCAGACCGUCGGCUCCGGCAAGGAGACGGUGGGCAACCUCGUCGGCAGCGAGGGCCUGAAACGCGAGGGCCGGGAGCAGAAUCUCCAGGGCCAGGGGCAGGAGGCCAAGGGCCAGCUGGCGGAUUUCGGACAGGGGGUCGGGGAUCGCGUGGCCGGCACGAUGGGCGGGGCGGUGGCGGCGCUGGUGGGCGAUCGCGACGAGCAGAGGAGGUGGCAGGAGAGGCAUGAUGAGGGGAAGACGAGGCAGAGGGGCGCCGAGGUGGAUAUGGAUAAGGCGGCUUCUUGA